UCAUGGCAGUUUAGUGCUAAAGACUCCUCCACGAAGCGGCCUCUCUGGAUUUUUCUUUUUCAAGAUUAGCUGCUUCUGCAAGAAAUAUUUUUUCAUGUUCAGGGGACAAGUGGUUGCAGAGGAUCCCAUUGGUCUGCGCGCAAAUAUAUUUUCUAAAAAGUCUGAUUUAUUUAAAAGAUGGUGUCGAAAUUGACAUCCCUCCAACAGGAGCUUUUGAGCGCUUUGCUCAGCUCCGGUGUCUCCAAAGAUGUUUUGAUCCAGGCGCUGGAAGACCUGGAACCCUCGCCAAGUUUCGAGGUGAAGUUGGAGAACUUGCCCGCGUCCCCGCUCAAGAUAAACGGGCCGGGCUCGGAGGCUAAAGCCGUGUUCCACACGCUGACCAACGGCCACGGCAAAGGCAAGCUGUCCGGCGACGAGGGCUCGGAAGACGGCGAGGAGUACGACACACCUCAGAUCAUCAAAGAGCUUGAGUCGCUGAACACGGAGGAAGCGGCGGAACAGAGAGCCGAGGUGGACAGAAUGUUGAGGGAAGACCCGUGGCGGGCGGCGAAGAUGAUUAAAGGCUAUAUGCAGCAACAUAACAUCCCACAGCGGGAAGUGGUGGACGUAACCGGCCUCAAUCAGAGUCACCUCUCGCAGCACCUCAACAAGGGAACCCCCAUGAAGAACCAGAAGCGGGCGGCCCUCUACACCUGGUACAUCAGGAAACAGCAGGAGAUCCAGAGACAAUUCAACCAGACUAUCCAGAAUACUGGAAACAAUAUGACAGACAAAAGCAGGCCAGAUCAGCUGCUGUUUCUCUUUCCAGAGUUCAAUCAGCAAGACCAGGCCUCGGGGCAGGCUGAGGAGGUGGGAACUGAACCUGCCAACAAGAAGAUGCGUCGCAACAGGUUUAAAUGGGGGCCAGCAUCCCAACAAAUUUUAUACCAGGCUUAUGAAAGGCAGAAGAAUCCCAGCAAGGAGGAGCGCGAGGCAUUAGUGGAGGAAUGCAACAGAGCUGAAUGUAUACAGCGUGGCGUAUCCCCUUCCAAAGCGCAGGGAUUGGGAUCCAAUCUGGUUACGGAAGUGAGAGUGUACAACUGGUUCGCCAACCGAAGGAAGGAGGAGGCGUUCCGGCAGAAGCUAGCUAUGGAUGCGUACAGUGUUCAAACACACAGCAUGAACCCGUUGCUAUCGCACAGCUCUCCGCACCACCCGCCCAACUCCUCACCCUCAAGUAAACACGGCCACCCGCUGCCCGGCAUCUUCCUUCAUGAAGGAAGUCAAGGUGCUCUUGGCUAUGAUCAUCUCCACAACCAUCAGUGCCCCACCAUGGCCAGCUGGCAGGAGAUGCUGUUCAGUCAGGGAGUUCGAUACGGCCAGCAAGGUGUCAACGAGGCCCCCUCUUCCACGGCAAUCAGUCACCACGGCAACAGCGCCAUGGUGACGAGCCAAACGGUGCUGCAGCAGGUCUCGCCGGCAAACCUGGACCCGGGCCACAAUCUGCUGUCGCCCGACGGUAAGAUGAUAACGGCCGUAGGCGGACCCCUGCCUCCUGUGAGCACCUUGACAAACAUCCACAGCCUGUCCCAGACGCAACAUCACAACCACCAACAAACGCAAAACCUCAUCAUCAACCCGCUCUCUGGAGUCAUGGCAAUCGCACAGAGUAUAAGCACAUCGCAAGGGCAGAGUGUGCCUGUGAUCAACAGCGUGACGGCGGGCAGCUUGGCAGCGUUGCAGCCGGUACAGUUCUCCCAGCCGCUGCACAGUCCGCACCAGCAACCCAUCAUGCAGCAAGCGCAGGCUCAUCUGUCACAGCAACCCUUCAUGGCCACCGUCACACAGCUACAAAACUCACACAUGUACGCACACAAGCCCGACCCUCCUCAGUAUUCCCACACCGCACGGUUCCCAUCGGCAAUGGUGGUGGCGGACACAGGAAGUAUCAGUGCGCUAGCGAGCAUGUCCUCCAGCAAACAGUGCCCGCUACAAGCCUGGUGAUUCUCCGCACCCUCCCAGUCCGCUAAUCGGGAGAAAAAGACAACAACAACGUUCAAAAAAACAAAACGGUUUUUCACAACAGCUCUCUGGAAUCCACGGCGACCCGGAGAGAUACUCACCGAGAGAGCCAGUAGACGGAGCACAGCAAGCCCAGCCUCCGCAGUGACUCAUCCCUCCGCACACUGACGGAGAACAAGGCGACACAAACUAGAGUUUAAAGUACCUUCUAGGGCAGCCUUGUCCCGUCGACCAAAAAGCACCCUGUUUCAGAUCAGGACACGGUUUGCACAGGUCAACCAUGAGAACAAAAAGUAACAAAAGUUUCAACAACAAAAAAAUUUGAUUUCUCUUUUGUCAAAUGAAAGGAUACGAAAAAAUUUGCAGAGAAACACUGUUUAUCUGUUACUGGAAGAUUGUAGGACUAAGUCAAAAACUUCGGUUAAAUCAAAAACUGUGAACUUUAAAUGAAGACGGAUCACAGUAAAAUGCUAAAGAUGGAUAUCCAAAUAUGGAAGUGUGCAGAAGAAUCUUCAUUGUUCUGAUCAACUUUGCAAGUUUCCAAGAUUGCCAAUGAGGAAAACAGAAUCAACCAACUGGAUCUCAAAUGUGUGAACUGUACCGACACCUUCUGAAGUUUUGGAGAGUCAGACUGACGUUCCUGGGACCACAGUUCAAUGUAAUACCCGCGUCUCAGUUUGGUCGCAAUGAAUUGACUCAAAGAGGAAUCCAUUUGAUCAGGGACUUGGUGGCAUCGAACUUCACCAUUUGAAUUCUUUAGGGCGAUGCAAUGCCCGUUGAGGAUUUGCAAUGAAAGCAAUCAAUUAGAGAUUGUAGCUUCAUCCUGACUUGAUUAUUCCAGAUUACGUUUCUUCAUAAAUGGCGAGUGUUUCCAAUUUUAAUAUAUGUGAAAUUUGGAUGGGGAGGUGGACAGUGUUGAGGGCAGUGCAGUGUUGGAAAGUGUAGAUUUCCACACCUGGAGGUCAGUCCCUGAUGGUGUGAUAUGUAGUGUCCAAGCCUCGACUCCAAUGCAUUUCCAUUCACCAGUGGUCGAGAAUACCAUCAGUUGCUUGCGCCGCCCCUAAUGGUGCGGCUCUUAACAUUCCAUUAUGUUCCAAGUGUACUUGCAUCUCCUUGCCUUGACUCCCAACAUCAGCCAGCGUAAAGUCCAACCCAGACGGUUGGAUCGAGUCACCUCUAUGUGCUUCCAAAGCCAUUUAAAUGCAUUUUAAUCUGACAUUUGCCAGGGCAUGUACACAAAAUGCUGGAGUAACUCCACGGGACAGGCAGCUUCAU